CGAGUGUCAACAUUUUUCAGGGAAGACUAUAACUGGCUAGGUCUCCCUUCCUUUUCUCCUCAGUCCCUCAAGCACUUGCGCUCGAGACUAAGUUUCUGAAAAGUUGCAAUGCGAUUCUGGAGUGCCUUCGCCCCACUUGCUCUGCUUCCAAUCGUCGCGGCUGAUUUCUACGUGGCCCAAAUGAAUUGCAGUCAGCAAAACACGGGUAAUGUUACGCCCAUCACUGAACGGGCUGGGAUUCUUUUCACGCUGGGGCAAAUCGAGGAUUGCCUUGUUUUCGGGGGCGCGCUGGAUGAUGGCCUUCAAUACAAUUCCACAGCGAUGAUGACCAGCAAAGUUUGCGGAUAUUACGUCACAGUGGAUGUCGCAAACAACGCGUGGAGUUCCCCCUCGUUCGGAAAGACUGGGCGUUGCCAACCCUACGACCACCUCAUAGGUGAAUGCAUCCCUUGGACGAACAAACUGUGCAUUUUUGGGAUGAAGAUGGUUUGUGGUGGUGGGCCCGUCUGCUAGUAGCACCAGGAUCUGGUGGAGUAGCGACCCCAUGCCCGAGGCUGGAGUCCUACCAAGUAGAACUUACAGUGUGCGCGAAUA